GCAAAACAGGCACCGGGGAGCGGAGGUGUCGGGAUGAGAUCUGAAAACCGGCGGGGGAGAGAUGCCCACGGGGCGCUCGGGUGCGCCGAGACCCCGGGGGGACUGGGGCGCCGGGCUUGGCCGGGCCGCGUACGGCGCCGCGGGAGCAGCCGCGCUGGCCCGGGGCCGUGGCACGGAGCUGCCGCCGCUCGUUGGACGCCGCCGUCGGUGCGGGGCGGCUGGAUCUGCCGUCAGCCGGAGCGGUUUAUCCUGCUUCACUCCUGCCAGGCUGCUGGGGCUGUCCUGCAGCUCCGCCACCCCUUCGGGCUGCUCCUGGUGUCCCUGCCCGCGCCUCGGCUGGCGCUGGGACACAUUCGGCUGGCGCUGGGAUGUUCGGCUGCCCCGCAGGGUGCUGCUGCCCGCGGGGACAUCCUGCCCGCCCUGCUGCCCGCGGCCUGGGCCAUGUCUUCCUCCGACGAGGAGACCCUGAGCGAGCGCUCAUGCCGGAGCGAGCGGUCGUGCCGGAGCGAGCGCUCCUACCGCAGCGAGCGCUCGGGCAGCCUCUCCCCGUGCCCCGCCGGGGACACCUUGCCCUGGAAUUUACCCCUCCACGAGCAGAGGAAGAGGAAGAGCCAGGAUUCGGUGCUGGACCCGGCCGAGAGGGCUGUCGUCAGGGUCGCAGAUGAACGGGACAGAGUCCAAAAGAAAACCUUCACUAAAUGGGUCAACAAACACUUGAUGAAGGUGCGCAAGCACAUCAAUGACCUCUACGAGGAUUUGAGAGAUGGCCACAACCUCAUCUCCCUCCUGGAAGUGCUGUCCGGGGUGAAGUUGCCGCGUGAGAAGGGGAGGAUGCGCUUCCACCGCCUGCAGAACGUGCAGAUCGCCCUGGAUUUCCUGAAGCAGCGACAGGUGAAACUGGUGAAUAUCCGCAACGAUGACAUCACGGAUGGCAACCCCAAGCUCACCCUGGGCCUCAUCUGGACCAUCAUCCUCCACUUCCAGAUCUCUGAUAUCUACAUCAGCGGGGAGCUUGGGGACAUGUCUGCCAAGGAGAAGCUGCUGCUGUGGACGCAGAAGGUGACAGCGGGCUACAUCGGGGUCAAGUGCACCAACUUCUCGUCCUGCUGGAGCGAUGGGAAGAUGUUCAACGCCCUCAUCCACAGAUACAGGCCAGAUCUGGUGGACAUGGAGAGGGUGCAGAUCCAGAGUAACCGGGAGAACCUGGAGCAAGCCUUCGAGAUCGCCGAGCGCCUGGGGGUGACGCGGCUGCUGGACGCUGAAGAUGUGGAUGUCCCCUCUCCGGAUGAGAAAUCCGUCAUAACUUACGUGUCUUCAAUCUACGAUGCCUUUCCCAAAGUCCCCGAGGGAGGAGAAGGGAUCAGCGCCAUCGAGGUGGAUUCCCGGUGGUUGGAGUACCAGACCCGCGUGGAGACGCUCGUCUCGUGGAUCAAGCAGCACACGAUACUCAUGUCUGACAAAUCCUUCCCCCAGAACCCCGUCGAGCUAAAGGCACUUUAUAACCAGUACAUACACUUCAAAGAGACCGAAAUCCCGGCCAAAGAGCAGGAAAAAGGGCGGAUAGAGGAGCUCUACAAACUGCUGGAGGUGUGGAUCGAGUUUGGACGCAUCAAGUUGCCCCAGGGCUACCACCCCAACGACGUGGAGGAGGAGUGGGGCAAGCUCAUCAUCGAGAUGCUGGAGCGCGAGAAGCUCCUGCGGCCGGCCGUGGAGAGGCUGGAAUUGCUGCUACAAAUCGCUAACAAAAUCCAGAAUGGUGCUCUGAGCUGCGAGGAGAAGCUCACCCUGGCCAAGAACACGCUGCAGGCUGACGCUGCCCACCUGGAGUCGGGCCAGCCGGUGCAGUACGAGGCCGAUGUGGUGAUGUACCUGCAGGAGUGCGAGGGGCUGCUGAGGCAGCUGCAGGUGGACGUGCAGAUCCUGAGAGAUGAGAACUACUACCAGCUGGAGGAGCUGGGCUUCAGGAUCAUGAGGCUGCAGGACGAGCUGGUGACGCUGAGGCUGGAGUGCACCAACCUGUACAGGAAAGGUCACUUCUCCACGCUGGAGCUGGCACCCAUGCCCGCCCUGAGCACCACCCAGCUCAAGGGUGACUCGCUGACCAAGGGGCUCCACACCUCCUCGGCCUCCUGGUUCCGUAAGCCCAUGACCAGGAYGGAGCUGGUGGCCAUCUCCUCCUCUGAGGAUGAGGGCAGCCUGCGCUUCGUCUACGAGCUGCUGGCCUGGGUGGAGGAGAUGCAGAUGAGAUUGGAGCGGGCAGAGUGGGGCACYGACCUGCCCAGCGUGGAGGCGCAGCUGGAGAGCCAGAGGCACAUCCAUGCCAGCGUGGAGGAGCUGGGCUCCAGCGUCAAGGAGGCCAGGGUGUACGAGAGCAAAAUGUCCCCAAAUUUCCGUGCGAGCUACACAGAAACCCUGGGCAAGCUGGAAACUCAAUACUGCAAACUAAUGGAAACCUCGAGCUUUCGGCUGAGGCACCUGCAGAGCCUGCACGGUUUCGUGUCRCGCGCCACGGCCGAGCUCAUCUGGCUCAACGAGAAGGAGGAGGAGGAGUUGGCUUUCGACUGGAGCGACAGCAAUCCCAAUAUCUCCGCCAAAAAGAGCUACUUCUCGGUCAGUGCUGGGUUUGAGCCCCCAAAAAUCACCCGGGAGACCCCUCCCCAGCCCAGCCUGGAGCAACCUGCCCGUCCUCCUUCCCCCUGGCAGGACGAGAAGGAGCAGCUGAUCCAGUCCAAGAGCUCCGUGGCCAGCUUGGUGGGAAGGUCCAAAAGCAUCGUCCAGCUGCGGCCCCGCAACCCCGAGCACGCCCUGAGGAGCACCAUCCCCAUCAAGGCUGUGUGUGACUAUCGGCAGAUCGAGAUCACCAUCUGCAGGAACGAYGAGUGCGUGCUGGAGGACAACUCGCAGAGAACCAAGUGGAAGGUGAUCAGCCCCACGGGGAACGAGGCCAUGGUGCCUUCUGUCUGCUUCCUGAUCCCCCCACCCAACAAGGAGGCCAUCGAGAUGGCCAGCAGGGUGGAACAGCUGUACCAGAAAGUGAUGGCUCUGUGGCACCAGCUGCACAUGAACACCAAGAGCCUCAUCUCCUGGAAUUAUCUGAGGAAGGACAUGGCYCUGGUGCAGAGUUUCAGCAUAGAAAAGCUCAGAUCCUCGUCUCAGGGCGAGUGUGAGCAAGCCCUGAAGAGCCUCCAGGGCCACUACGAGGAUUUCCUGCAGGACAGCCGCGACUCCGAGCUCUUCUCCGUGUCGGACCGGCUGCGCCUGGAGGAGGAAGUGGAGUCUUCCAAGGAACACAUCCGCCAGCUGCUGGARUCCAUGGAGAAUGAAGACAAGGAUGAGACCAUGGCCAGGACAUUCCUGUCGGAGCUGAAGAACAUCCGCCUGCRGCUGGAGGAGUGUGAGCAGCGCCUGCUCAGCCGUGUCCAGACCCCGAGCGGCGCCCGCGCCGACGGCGACGCCGUGCAGGAGAACGCCAUCCGCAUGGCAGAGCAGGAGCRCACUCAGGAGGAUCUGCAGCAGCUCCAGUCCGAGCUCUGUGUGGUGUCCGAGCGUUGCUUCACCUUCCUGGACAAGGCACCCGCGGGUCCCAGCACACCCCAACUGCGCUCAGAGCUGGAGCUGGUGGUGAACAAAAUGGAGCAAACCCAUGGGCUGUCCUCCAUCUACCUGGAAAAGUUGAAGACGGUUGAUAUCAUUGUCCGUGCCAGCCAAGGGGCAGAAUCGCUGGUCAAGGGCUACGAGGUGAAGCUGAGCCAGGAGGAGGCCGUUCCUGCAGACCUGGUGGCCAUCCAGACUCACAGGGCAGCCUUGCAGACGUGGCUCGGGGAAGUGAAGGACAAGGGCUCCGUGUUCUCCACGCUGGAGCAGGAGAUGGCCAAGGCCAAGGAGGUGGGGGAGCAGCUCUUCAGGCUGAGGCAGGAGCGCAGCAUCGACCUGGAGCGCUUCCAGGAGAAGGGCAGCCAGYUGUGGGAACGCUGGCAGCGAGUCUGCGCCCAGAUCGACACCCGCCACACGGAGCUGGAGAGCAUCCAGGAGGUGCUGAGCGAUUACCGGCAGUGCCACGGCGCCCUGAUCCAGUGGAUCGAGGACAUCACAGCCCAGCAGGAGCUGAUGAAGCCCGGCCAGGCAGAGGACAGCCGGGUGCUGUCGGAGCAGCUCAGCCAGCAGACGGCUUUGGCUGCAGAAAUUGAGAAGAAUCAAGCCAAGCUGGACCAGUGUCAGAAAUUCUCCCAGCAAUACUCUGCUGCUGUCAAGGAGUAUGAGCUGCAGCUGAUGACCUACAGGGCCUUUGUGGAGUCKCAGCAGAAGUCGCCCAUGAAGCGCCGACGGAUGCUCUCCUCCUCUGACGCCAUCACCCAGGAGUUCAUGGAUCUACGGACACGCUACACGGCGCUGGUGACGCUGACCACGCAGCACGUCAAGUACAUCAGYGACGCUCUGCGGCGCCUGGAGGAGGAGGAGAAAGUGGUGGAGGAGGAGAAGCAGGAGCACGUGGACAAGGUGAAGGAGCUGCUGGGCUGGGCCCUGGGCUUGAAGCAGAGCGUGCAGGGCAGGACAGCGGCUGCGGGGAGCAGAGAGCUGGGGGACAUCGAGAAAUCCAUCUCGGAGCAGCAGGCCCUGAACGAGGAGCUGACUGCGAAGAAGGAGCAGGUCUCUGAGGCCAUCAAAACCUCCCAAAUCUUCCUGGCAAAACACAGCCACAAGCUUUCCCAGCCAGAAAAGGAGCAGAUUUCUGCUCAGAUCAGCGCUCUGAAGGAGACCUACAACGCUCUGUGCAGCAACUCCACGGAGCAGCUKCAGCAGCUCCAGAGCCAGCUGGCUCAGGAGACCGAGCACAAGGGCAGCGAGGCUGUGGCGGGAGUGAUCGAUCUCGGCACGGUUGAAAUAUUCCCUGUCUCUGGUGCCAUGCAGAGAGGUCUGAUAGAUCAGGACACAGGCCUGGCCCUCCUGGAGGCUCAGGUCAUCACCUCUGGCUUAGUUCUGCCCGAGACCAGUGARAAACUCACCUUGGAGAAAGCUCUGGCAAAAAACAUCAUCGACCUCAGGGCRUUCCAGGUGCUGCAGGAACUGCAGGAUGCUCUCCAGCAGGUGGAAGAAAUCAGAUGUGAAGGGAGGCAGCUCCUCCCCGUCGCUGCCGCCGUGGAAGAGGGGAGGAUCAGCGAGAACGUUGGGCUCCAGAUUCUCGAGGCCGAGCUGGUCACUGGGGGCUUCAAAUUCCAGCAGGGCAGGAUCAGCCUGGAGACAGCAGUGCGGGAACGGCUCCUCCCUCCUCAGCUUCACUCCAGKCUCCUGUCCCGCCUGGAGGGUGGAAAGGACCUGAUUGACCCCAACACGGCCGAGAAGGUCGGUCUGGCCGAGCUGGUGGGGCGCUGCGUUGUCCACCACGACACCGGGCUGAGGCUGCUGCCGGUCAAGCAGCUGGCCGGUGGCAUGGUGAGCCUGAGGUCYGGCCGGGAGGUCAGCAUCUUCCGAGCAGUGCAGGAGGGGCUGAUAGACAGGGAGGUGAUGGUCAGGUUGCUGGAAGCCCAUCUGUUCACCGGGGGCAUCGCUGACGCCAGGACUGGCCACAGGCUGAGCGUGGAUGAGGCCGUCCGGCAUCAUUUGAUCGAUCAGGAUCUGGCCUGCAUGCUCCUGGUCCGGCAGCUGCGGACAGGUGGGAUUGUCGACAAGGCCACGGGAGAGAGGCUGACCAUGGAUGAAGCCCUGAGGAAGGGCUUGGUCACUCCAAGGAUGGCACUGGUGGUGCUGGAAUCCCUGGGGUCCUUCACAGGACUGCUGUGGCCGGAGACGGGGGAGAUCAUCCCGGCUGGAGCUGCUCUGGAGCAGGGARUGCUCUCCACGGAGUUGAUUCUUGAGAUCCUCAGCAAGAGGCAGCUCCUUGGGGCUGUUUUUGUUCCUGAAAGCGCUGAGGUGCUGUCCUGGCAGCGGGCAGUGCAGCGGGGUGUCCUGGGCAGAGGGGUGGCGAGGAGGCUGCGGUCAGCCAUCAUCCCUGAUGUCCUGGCCAGCCCUGGCUCUCCGGACAGGAGCAGGGAUGGCCAGAGCUCCCCUGGAGGGAGCCCCACCGGCCACCAGGAGCUGAGGAGUGAUGAUGAAAGGCUGACGUCCCACCUGAUGGCCCACAGCUACAUCAACGUCCACGAUGGCCAGAGGCUGCUCCUGGUGGAUGCAGAGCUGGACAAUCUCGUGGGAACUCUCACCCAGAGCCAAGAAAACGGCUCCUGUGCCCAGGGCUUGGRAGGCUUUGGGGAGACCGAGGCGGACGCAGAUCUUGAGAGCGAACCUUGCGAUGGUUCGGCUUUGCAGCAGCUUAUCCAACCACCCAGAGCUGCCUUGGAGAAUGGAGAGGUGGUGAUGGGACCUGAAAGUCUCCUCUUGGAGGAUGCAGAUGAUUUCCUGCAUGUGAAAGAACAGGAGCAGAUUUCCCCUGAGCAGGAGCCCAUCAGGAGUGAAACCAAUGGUGAAUUUGGCAGGGAACAGAUCGUUUUUACAGCCAAGGACAAACAUCAGGGAAAAUCAUUGAUGCAAGAACCUCUUGGUGACCUUGGUGCUGGAUUAUUCAGAGAAACAGAGGAAAUGAUGGUCGAGGCAGAAGAGUCCAAGCCCGCUGCAGUAGAUGGAAUAAAAAGUCCUGAAGAUCAGAAGAAAGUGUUGGAAAGUGAGGCAGUGGUUGUGAAAAGUGAGAUCUGCAUAAGGAUGGGUGUUCCAGAGAGUAGAGACAGACUGGAAAUGGUGGYAGAGAGGUCUCAGGGUGUGAAGGAGCCUGAGCUGGAGGCAGAAGUUGUUGGAGAGGUUUGUUUGCUGGCAGAGGGAAGCUUCGAGAAUGGUGUGGUGGGAGGAGAAGAAGUUGUGCUCGCUGCAGCAAGAGAGGCAGAGAGGCGAAGCCAGGACAUGGAAAAUAUGUUGGAAGUGGAGGAAAGAGAACGGGGAGGAGCACUGGAUGCUGAAGGCGUCAUUGAAACAUCCCUGCAGGAAGCAGAGGACGCUUUGGAGACACUCCUAACGCAGCUCCGAAGCGGGGGCAUCAUCCAUGAGCAGACGGGCCGGACGCUGCUGCUGGACGAGGCGGUGGCCUCCGGAGCSGUGUCCGGCCACACGGCCGUGAAGCUCAUGGAGAGGAUGAGGAUGUUCAGCGGCUUCUUURACUCCCAGGUGGGCGAGCCCUUGAGCACCGAGGACGUCAUCGAGGAAGGUCUGAUGGAUGAGGAGCUGCUCCAGAAGGUCCUGGCAUCUGACAAAGCCAUCAGCGGGGUCCUUGACCCGGGCAAUAACUUUGUCUACUCMAUCAAGGACGCUGCUGCCGUUGGGCUCCUGGACAAGGAGACGGCCAUGAGGAUCUUGGAAGGGCAGGUGGUCACCGGGGGGAUUGUUGACCUGAAACGGGGMAAAAAGGUGUCGGUCACUCUGGCUUCCAACCUGGGCCUGAUCGAGCCGGCGAGCCGGACAGAGCUGGUCAAGCUGGAGAAGGCUUCCAAGGGGAAAGGUGCUGAUGAGGUGACCAGGCAAAAACUCGUUAAUUUACAGGCUGAGACCGGUGGGAUUGUGGAUCCCGAGACCAAACGGCCUCUGACUGUGGUGGAGGCUGUCGAGAAAGGGCUCCUGGAGGAGGAAAAAGCUUUCCAGCUCCUGGCCAAGCAGGUGGCUGGUGGAGGAAUCAUCCACCACAUGUCCGGGAUGAGGCUUUCGGUGGAGGAUGCGAUGAAGCACGGUUUGAUCGAUGGAGAUCUGUGCCAGGAGCUCAGGAAAGCCCAAGGCGUGGUCCUGCAGGAGUUUGUCCAUCCGGCCACACAGGAGAAGCUGCCCUUGGCCCAGGCAGUGUCACUGGGGCUCGUUAGCCCCGAAUUCCAGAGGAAAGUGCAGGAAAUCCAGGCCGAGAGCGGAAGCAUUCUGGAUCCGGGUUCUGGCCGGAGGUUGGCUCUUUGCCAGGCAGCACAGGAGGGCUUGGUGCCCCAGAAGGUGGUGGAGAAGGUCCUGUCCUCUCCAGAAAUGAGAGAAGGAAUCGUGGACCCCGAGACCUGCAUGGUCAUUCCUUACUCGGAGUUCCUGAAGAAGUGCAGGAUCGACAUCGAGUCCGGCCAGAGGUACCUGGAGGUCCAUCCCUUCCRGGCCAUCCGGGAUGAGGUGACAGGGACCAAGCUGACCUGUGCUGAGGCGCUGAGGAUGGGCAAAGUGGACCCCCUGCCCACUCUGAGGCUGCUGCAGGCUCAAGCAGACAGUGGUGGUGUGGUGGAGGGCACGGUCACCCAGAGGCUGUCCCUGAGAGCGGCCGUGGAGCGAGGGCUGCUGGACGAGCCCGUGGCCAAAAUCAUCGCUGCCAACCAGCUCAGGGCGGGGGGAAUCGUGGAUGCUCCUGGUGGGAAGAGGUUGAGCGUGGAGGAAGCUGUUGAGAGGGGACUGAUCAGCCAAAAAUUAGCUGCCGGCCUUCGGGAUGUGCAAAAAUCCAAGGAGAAAGUUGGUUCUGAGGUCGGUGAAGCAGAAAAACCCCGACUUUUCCAGGAAAAAACAGAAAAAAUGGCUCCAAAAGAGGAAAGUGUCRUCCUCCCUACCAGAUCUGAUGGUGCUGAACCCAAAGCUCGACCUCAAGCCGUGAGCCGUGACACAGCUCAGGGUGCAGCUGCUGCUGCUGAGAAAUCCCCCAAAGCACGGGCAGAAGGGAAAUUAAAACCUCAGGAAGCUUCAGAAGGUGGUGUCCAUCCCCAGGAUGAACAUCAUCAUCUUCAUCAUCAUCAUCCCCAGGGAAAAACUGAGAUGACUCCUGAACAACCCUCGGUKUUGGGAAUGGUGUCUGUCCCUGAUGGGAUGGUGGUGGCAGGGGCUGGGGAAAAAGGGACCCCAAAAGGCCAGGGGAAGGAAUUGAGGAGAGAAGAGGAUGGAAGGACAGAGGCAAUUGAGAGAUUGGGCUUGGAGAAAGAGCCCAAAUUGUUCUUGGAUGUGGAAGUGCUUCAGAGUGAGGAGGAUGAUGAGRGGAGGAGGAAGAGGAGGGAGUUUGUAGGUGCAGAGGGAGUUGUGGCAGGUAGGGAAGGUGCAGCGGUGGCUGCUGGGCAAGGAGAGAGAGUGGCCAGAGUGGUGGAGGUGACAGCAGCAGCCCCGAGGGAAUCUGUCAGUGUUGGCCCAGGGAAAGGAGGGACAGGUCCUGCAGAGUCUGGAGAACCCCCUGGUGUCCCUGUGGAACCUGUGGGUGAUGAGCCUGCAGGGAGAAAAUCCGUCAAACACGCAGAAAGAGAAACCUCUCGUACGGAAGGUGCCGCUGAUGGGAAAAAAAUGAGUGAAACCGAGCUAAAACCUGCCCAAAAACAGAAAAGCAAGAGAAAGAAAGCAAAGCAGGGCAGCGUUCCAGGAGACAGCGCUCAGCCAGAGAAAUCUGCAGGAAAGCAGCCCCUUCCUUCCCUGAUUUCCCAUGAAAUUCCAAGGAGGAAAGGCGAAGAGGAGCACUUUGUCUCCAGGGUGCCAGAGCCAGAUGAAUCCAGCACUGAGCCCGCUGCUGGCUUGGCACGAGACACAGCCAAGCACAGGGAUGGGAGAGGAAAGAAAAUUCCUGGGCAAGACACAGAAACCUCUGGAGGGGAUGAGGUGUUCCCUGAACCCCCUGAAAAGGAGGUGGUGAAGGGUGGGAUCAGGAAUGGUCAGGAUUUCUUGGUGGAGGAAAGGACAACUCGGGUGGAAUUGGCCCAGGACGUGUCCGGCAUGGCUGCUGUGGUGCAGGAACUGCCCCAGGACUUAAUGAUCAGAGAGGAACCCACGGAAAUUCAGGAAACUUCAACAAUCCUGCAACUGGGAGAGCAGAAACAGCAAGAGAAAACAGCUGAGCUCGGAGCAGACCAAGGAAAAACCCCAAAACCCCYGGGAGAAACCCCCCAGGACAGGACCAAGCCGCCGGCUCCGGGCGAUCGCAGUUUGCUGUUACCCGUGAUUGUGGAGGGGGAGCUGCUGGAAACCUCCCAGGAAUCCUCCAGACCAGCCCAGAUCAAGUUCAGCAAGAAGAUGUGCCUGGAGCAUGACGAAAGGCUGGUCUCUUAUCUCUCCAUGCUCCGAGAUAUCGAGAUGAGAAUCAAGCGGGUGCAGCCGGCUGAGCAGAAUUUGGCAGCGUUGCACGAGCUGCAGCAGCAGGCGGAGGCCCUGGGCUCCGAGCUGCGGGAGCUGAGCUUCCCGGUGAAGCAGGAGCUGGAAGCUGUGCACAGAGUGGUGGCCAACCCCCCUGAAGAAGUCCCCGAGCAGCUGCUGAAAGCUCUGGAGAAGGACGCCAAGAACCUGCAGAAAUCUCUGAGCUCUGCCAGCGAAGCUCUGCAGUCCCGGCUGCAAAACCUUCGUGGGGCGGCAGAAGCUGAGAAGGCUAAAAUUCUGGCUCAUCACGAGGCACUUCAGGGCAGGCUCCAGGAGCUGCUGAGCAGGGUGUGUAACACUGUGGCGUCUCUGGGUGACGGCGACGUCCAGCAGGACACCGACACCGACAGCUUGAGCCGCUGCCUGCAGCACUACCAGGAGCUGCAGGGACCCCUGGCCGCCACCAAGGCCGAGCUGGACGCCGCCGCCUUGGACGUGCAGGUGCUGAUCUCGGAGCACGCUCAGGAUCUGAGCCCACAGCAGAGCAGGCAGCUGCUGAGGCUGCUCAACGAGCUGCAGAAAUCAUUCCGGGAGCUCUCGGGGCUCGUGACGGCGCGGUUGGAAGUUCUGCAGGUCCGGCUCCGGUCAGAGCAGCGGCCGGAGCGGCUGAAGACGCUGCAGGAGCAGCAGGCAGCGCGGGCACAGAGCCUGGCAGAGCUGAGCCGCUGGCUGGGCCAGGCCGAGGACGCGCUGGACGAGCAGCAGAGAGCUGAGGGCGAUCUGACCUCCCUGCAGCAGAGGCAGAGCGAUGUCAAGGAGCUGCAGAGGAGCAUGCACAGCAGGGCCGCCUCCUUCGCCGGCGUCCUCAAGGGCACCGAGCAGUUCCUGGAGGAGAACAAGGCCAAGAUGGAGCCCGAGGAGCUGGAGGCGCUGCAGCRGGACCUGCAGAGGGCCAAGGAGCGGUACCGAUCCCUGCAGGACAGGACUGARGUGGCCCAGAAGGAGCUGGAGAGUGCCGUGAGUGCUGCAGUGCAGCAGGAGACCGAGAAGGUGAAAGCUGCCAAGGAGCUGGAGGAGAACAGCAGCAAGAUCGAUUCCCUUUUGAGCUGGGUGACAUCUCUGGAGCAUGAGGGAGAGCUCCCUGAGUACAGACCCCACCCUGCUGAGCCGGGGAAGGGGACAGGCGCUGGGGAUGUCCCUGACAGCCACGCCGUGGGAGCAGCCAGCGCUGCUGAGAGCCUGGACCAGCAGCACGAGAGGCUGAAGGCGCAGCACCAGGAGCUGCUGUCCCAGCAGCAGGACAUCAUUUUGGCCACUCAGUCCGCACAGGCGUUCCUGGAGCGCCACGGCCCCAGCCUGGCCGCGGAUGAGCGGGAGCGGCUGCGCGUCCGGCUGGCCGAGCUGCGGGAGCGUUAUCCAGCGGCGCUGACCAGGGCUGAGACGCGGCUGAAACGGGCGCAGCUCCUCCGGGACGAGCUGCACAAAUUCCUGCGGGACCACGGCGAGUUCGAGGCGUGGCUGCAGCAGGCGGAGCGGGACCUGGAGGGGAUGCGCAGAGGGGACGGUGACCCUGCCGCGCUCCGGCAGCUGCUGCAGCGCCAGGGAGGUUUUGCCGAGGAUGUCAUCUCCCACAAGGGUGACCUGCGUUUCGUCACCAUGUCCGGCCAGAAGGUUCUGGAUGUGGAAGGAGAGGCUGGGGACGCCGAAUCGCAGCUGUUGAUGUCCAGGGGAGUGGUCAAGAGCAAGCUGGAGGAUGCCACGCAGAGAUACACRGCGCUGCACUCUGAGUGCUCCAAGCUGGGCUCCCACCUGAGCACUUUGCUGGAUCACUGCCAGCAGUUCCAGGAGGUGGCUGAGUCCCUGGGGACGUGGCUGCAGCAGAGUGAAGCUGCUCUGGGGAAGCUCCUCUCAGAGCCAGUGUCAUCAGACCCCUCYGUGCUGCAGGAGCAGCUCGCCAGCACCAAGCAGCUGCAGGGAGACCUGGCCGAGCACCAGGUGCCCGUGGAGAAGCUCCAAAAAGCCGCUYGGUCCCUGCUGGACAUCCAAGGGCAGCCGGCCCCAGACCACGGCCACAUCAGGGAAACAACAGAUGCCAUCGUGAGCCGCUUCCAGAGCCUCUCCCAGCAGAUGUCCGAGCGCUCAGACCUGCUGCAGAAAUCCAUUGCCCAGUCCCAGAGCGUCCAGGAGAGCCUGGAGAGCCUCCUGAGCUCAGUGGCUGAGAUUGAGAAGAACCUGGAGAGGGAYCAGCCRGCCGUGCUCUCCUCUGCRUCCAUCCAGGACUCGCUGGCCACCAGCAUGGAGCUGAACUCAGAGCUGAGGCAGCAGCAGGAGGACCUGGCCACCCUGGAGCAGCUGGCAGAGGAGCUGAGCUCCUGCGGCUUCGCCCCCAGUGCCUUCCAGCAGCAGGAGAAGCUKCAGAGCCUGAAGAAAGAUUUCCUGCAGCUCCAGAAGGUGGCAAAGGAGAGCCCAACCUUUGCUUUUGAGCAGGACCUGCUGGAGGAAUGGAAGGGGAAGGGGGCUCAGGUGGAGGAGAUCGGCCGCAGAGGGACCCUCCUGGAGAACCUGAUCGUGGAGAUCACGGCACCCAACACCCCGCCCAAGGCAGGUGCUGCUCUGCCCACCCCAGGAGGCUCAGGAGGCAGCGUGAACGGGUACCACACCUGCAAAGACCUGACGGAGAUCCAGUGCGACGUGGCGGAGGUGAGCCGGCGGCACCAGGCGCUGGGUGCAGUGCUUCAGGAGCGCCUGCAGCAGCUCUCGGCUGCACUGGAGCAGCUGCAGGAGGUGCAGCAGGAGGCCAGCUCYGUGCUCCGCUGGCUGGAGUCCAAGGAGAAGGCGCUGUCGGAGCUGGACGCCUCCUCCUCGCCCACCAAGACGGAGACGAUGCGGGCCCAGGCUGAGCACAACAAGGCGUUUCUGGCUGAAUUGGAACAGAAUUCUGGGAAGAUCCAGAAGGUGAAGGAAGCUCUCUCUGGCUUGCUGGAGAAAUAUCCAGAUUCCCCAGAAGCAGCCAACUGGAAGAAGAUGCAGGAGGACCUGAAUUGCAGGUGGGAGAGGGCCAGCCAGGCCACGGCRGCGCGGCAGCAGAAGCUGGAGGAGUCGGCGACGCAGCUGGCGGCGUUCCAGGCGGCCGAGGCACAACUGCGGCCGUGGCUGAUGGAGAAGGAGCUGAUGAUGAGCGUGCUGGGCCCGCUCUCCAUCGACCCCAACAUGCUGAAUGCUCAGAAGCAGCAGGUCCAGUUUAUGCUGAAGGAAUUCGAAGCUCGCCGGCAGCAGCACGAGCAGCUCAACCAGGCGGCCCAGAGCAUCCUGAGCGGGCCUGGAGAUGUUUCCCCAUCCACCAGCCAGGUGCAGGAUGAGCUCCAAGGGAUCAACCAGAAAUGGUCYGAGCUCACAGAGCGCCUCAACUCCCGCUCCAGCCACAUCGACCAGGCCAUCGUGAAGAGCACCCAGUACCAGGAGCUGCUGCAGGGCCUCUCGGAGAAGGUGAAGGCGGUGGGGCAGCGCCUGAGCGGUCAGUCUGCUGUCAGCACCCAGCCUGAGGCYGUCAAACAGCAGCUGGAGGAGACCAGCGAGAUCCGCUCGGACCUGGAGCAGCUGGAGGAGGAGAUCUCGGAGGCUCAGAGCCUGUGUGAUGAGCUCUCUGUCCUGAUCGGGGAGCAGUACCUCAAGGAUGAGCUGAGGAAACGCCUGGAGACAGUGGCGCUGCCCCUCAAAGGCCUGGAGGACCUGGCAGCCGACCGGAUGAACCGGCUGCAGACCGCGCUCGCCAGCUCCCAGCAGUUCCAGCACAUGUUCGACGAGCUCAGGAGCUGGCUGGACGACAGGAGGUGCCAGCAAGCCCAGAGCCAGCCCAUCUCCGCCAAACUGGACAGGCUGCAGAGCCAGAUCCAGGAGCAGGAGGAGUUCCAGAAGAGCCUCAACCAGCACAGCGGCUCCUACGAGAUGAUCGUGGCCGAGGGGGAAUCUUUGCUGCUCUCAGUCCAGCCUGGGGAGGAGAAAACCACCCUGCAGAACCAACUGGUCAGCCUGAAGAGCCACUGGGAGGAGCUGAGCAGGCAGGCUGCYGACAGGCACUCUAAACUCAAAGACUGCCUGCAGAAAGCUCAGAAGUACCAGCGGCACGCCGAGGACCUGCUGCCCUGGGUGGAGGAGUGCCAGGCCAGGAUGGCAGAGCUGGAGGUCACCCUGGAUCCUGUACAGCUAGAGGCCACCCUGCUGAGGUCCAGGGCCAUGCUGAGCGACGUGGAGAAGCGCCGGUCCCUGCUGGAGAUGCUCAACAUCGCCGCUGACAUCCUGAUCGACGCAUCCCAAACGGACGAGGACGACGUCCGCGACGAGAAGGCCGGCAUCAACCAGAGGAUGGAUGCCAUCACCGAGGAGCUUCAAACCAAGACUGGCUCCAUAGAAGAAAUGUCCCAGAGGCUCAAGGAGUUCCAGGAGAGCUUCAAGAACAUCGAGAAGAAGCUGGAAGGGGCGAAGCACCAGCUGGAGAUUUACGACGCCCUGGGGCCACAAGCGUGCAGCAAUAAGAACUUGGAGAAGCUCAGGGCRCAGCAGGAGGUGCUGCAGGCCCUGGAGCCACAAGUGGAUUAUCUGAAGAACCUCACUCAGGGUCUGGUGGAAGAUGCCCCAGCCGGAUCUGACUGCUCACAGCUCUUGGGCCAAGCACAGGCRGCUCAGCAGGACCUGGGAUCCAUCAAGCAGAGGGUGAACGAGUGCUGCGCGCUGAUGGAAAACAAGCUGGAAGGCAUUGGCCAGUUCACCAGCAGGGUCAGGGAGAUGUUCUCYCAGCUGGCUGACCUGGAUGAUGAGCUGGACAGCAUGGGCCCCACUGGGAGAGACUCAGACAGCCUCCAGUCCCAGGCUGAGGACAUCCGUGCCUUCCUUGGGAAACUGCAGCGGCUCAAAGCCGACAUCGACGCCUCCGAAGACGAGUGCAAGAAGAUGCUGGAGGAGGAGGGCAGCCCCGACCUGCUGGGGCUGAAAAGGGAGCUGGAGACGCUGAGCAAGCAGUGUGGCAAGCUGACAGAGAGGGGAAGGAACCGGCAGGAGCAGGURGAGACCACGCUGGCCCGCGUGGAGGAUUUCUACAGCCGCCUGAAGGAGCUGAGCCACAUGACCACRGCGGCCGAGGAGAGCGAGGCCCUGCAGUGGGUGGUGGGGACGGAGGUGGAAACCAUCAACCAGCAGCUGGCAGACUUCAAGCAAUUCCAGAAGGAGCAAGUGGAUCCCCUCCAGGUGAAGCUGCAGCAAGUCAAUGGAGUGGGUCAGGGACUCAUCCAAAGUGCCGGGAAAAACUGUGAUGUCCAAGGGCUGGAACAUGACAUGGAGGAGAUCAACACCCGCUGGAACACCCUCAACAAGAAGGUGGCCCAGCGGGUGGCUCAGCUGCAGGAAGCCCUGCUGCACUGCGGGAAGUUCCAGGAYGCGCUGGAGCCGCUGCUGAGCUGGCUGGCAGACACCGAGGAGCUCAUCUCCAACCAGAAACCUCCCUCGGCCGAGUACAAGGUGGUGAAAGCCCAGAUCCAGGAGCAGAAGCUGCUCCAGCGCCUCCUGGACGAUCGCAAGGCCACGGUGGAGAUGAUCCAGGCCGAGGGCGACCGGAUCGCGCAGUCGGCCGAGCCCGCUGACCGGGACAAGAUYGUGGGGCAGCUGGAGAGCCUGGCACGACGCUGGGAAGGGCUGCUGGCCAGGGCAGCUGCCAGGCAGAAGCARCUGGAGGAUAUCCUGGUGCUGGCCAAGCAGUUCCACGAAACCACAGAGCCCGUGUCCGACUGGCUGUCGGUGACGGAGAAGAAACUGGCCAACUCGGAGCCCAUCGGGACGCAGACGGCCAAAAUCCAGCAGCAGAUCAGUCGCCACAAGGCCCUAGAGGACGAGAUAGAGAGCCACUCCACCGCCGUGUCUCGGGCGUUGGGGGUCGGGCAGGCUCUGUCCACCCUGAGCUGCGCGGCCGAGCGGCGGCUGCUGGCCGAGCGUUUAGAGGCUCUGCAGGGUCGCUACGGCGAGGUCCGGGACCGGUGCUGCCGUAAGGCAGCGCUGCUGGAGCAGGCUCUGGCCAACGCCAGGCUUUUUGGGGAGGAGGAGGUGGAAGUGCUCAACUGGCUGGCUGAGGUGGAGGACAAGCUGGGCUCAGUGGCCAUCAAGGAUUACAAACGGGACGUCCUGCAGAAGCAGCAUGCCGAUCAGCUGGCUUUGAAUGAGGAAAUUGUGAACAGGAAGAAGAACGUGGACCAAGCCAUUAGGAACGGGCAAGCUCUCCUGAAACAAACCACAGGGGAGGAGGUGUUGCUGAUCCAGGAGAAGCUGGACGGGAUCAAGACGCGCUACUCGGACAUCACGGCCGCCAGCUCCAAGGCGCUGCGCACGCUGGAGCAGGCCMGGCAGCUGGCCACCAAAUUCCAGUCCACCCACGAGGAGCUCACGGGCUGGAUGAGCAAGGUGGAGGACGAGCUGGCCGCCAGCGGGGCACAGUCCCCUGCCCCCGAGCAGAUUCCCCAGUUCCAGCAGCGGCAAAAGGAGCUGAAGAAGGAGGUGAUGGAGCACAGGCUCGUGCUGGACACGGUGAACGAGGUGAGCCGGGCUCUGCUGGAGCUGGUGCCGUGGCGAGCCCGCGAGGGGCUGGACAAGCUGGUGUCGGACACCAACGAGCGCUACAAGCUGGUCAGCGACACCGUCAAGCAGAGGGUGGAAGAAAUCGAUGCUGCCAUCCAGAGGUCUCAGCAGUACGAGCAGGCGGCCGACGCCGAGCUGGCCUGGGUGGCCGAGACCAAGCGCAAGCUGAUGGCUCUGGGUCCCAUCCGCCUGGAGCAGGACCAGACCACGGCUCAGCUGCAGGUGCAGAAGGCUUUCUCCAUCGACAUCAUCCGGCACAAAGACUCCAUGGAUGAGCUGUUCAGCCAGCGCAACGAGAUCUUCGGCACCUGCGGCGAGGAGCAAAAAGCCGUUCUGCAGGAAAAAACCGAGUCGCUGGUGCAGCAAUACGAGGCCGUGAGCCAGCUCAACUCGGAGCGUUACGCCCGCCUGGAACGAGCUCAGGUCYUGGUCAAUCAAUUUUGGGAGACCUACGAGGAGCUCAACCCGUGGAUAGAGGAGACCCAAACUCUGAUCUCGCAGCUGCCACCCCCRGCCAUCGACCACGAGCAGCUCAAGCAGCAGCAGGAUGACAUGAGGCAACUGCGAGAAUCCAUCGCCGAGCACAAACCUCACAUCGACAAGCUGCUGAAAAUCGGGCCCCAGCUCAAGGAUCUCAACCCCGAGGAGGGAGAGAUGGUGCAGGAAAAAUAUUCCAGGGCUGAGGCCAUGUAUGCCAGGAUCAAGGAGGAGGUUUGCCAGCGUGCCCUGGCGCUCGACGAGGCCGUCUCGCAGUCCACCCAGUUCCACGACAAGAUCGAGCCCAUGCUGGAGACCCUGGAGAGCCUCUCGUCGCGCCUGCGGCUGCCGCCCCUCAUCCCCGCCGAGGUGGACAAGAUCCGCGAGUGCAUCAGCGACAACAAGAACUCCACGGUGGAGCUGGAGAAGCUGCAGCCCUCCUUCGAGGCGCUCAAACGGCGCGGGGAGGAGCUCAUCGGCCGCUCCCAGGGGGCUGACAAGGACCUGGCAGCAAAAGUCAUCCAGGACAAGUUGGACCAAAUGGUUUUCUUCUGGGAGGACAUCAAAGCUCGGACCGAGGAGCGGGAGAUGAAGUUCCUCGAYGUCCUGGAGCUGGCUGAGAAGUUCUGGUAUGACAUGGCAGCUCUGCUGACCACCAUCAAGGACACCCAGGACAUCGUCCACGACCUGGAAAGCCCAGGAAUUGACCCUUCCAUCAUCAAGCAGCAGGUGGAAGCAGCAGAGACCAUCAAAGAGGAGACGGACGGGCUGCACGAGGAGCUGGAGUUCAUCCGCCUCCUCGGAACCGACCUCAUUUUCGCCUGUGGUGAGACUGAGAAACCCGAGGUGAAGAAGAGCAUCGAUGAGAUGAACAGCGCCUGGGAGAACCUGAACAAGACGUGGAAGGAGCGGCUGGAGAAGCUGGAGGAGGCCAUGCAGGCGGCUGUGCAGUACCAGGACACGCUCCAGGUAUGGGGUGGUGGCCUGGGGGGACCUUGUCUGAGCCCAUUCUCUGCUCCCCAACAGGCUCAGGGUUUCCAUGGUGAGAUUGAAGAGUUCCUCCUGUGGUUAACGAGGAUGGAGAGCCAAUUGUCGGCGUCCAAACCCACGGGAGGUCUGCCAGAAACUGCCCGGGAACAGCUCAAUGCCCACAUGGAGCUCUACAGCCAGUUCAAAGCCAAGGAGGAGGUUUACAGCCAGCUGCUGGCCAAGGGCAGGCUGAUGCUGCUCAGYCGCGACGAUUCCGGCUCCGGCUCGAAGACAGAGCAGAGCGUGGCCCUGCUGGAGCAGAAAUGGGGUCUGGUCAGCACCAAGAUGGAGGAGAGGAAGGCAAAGCUAGAGGAGGCGCUGGCCCUGGCCACCGAUUUCCAGAAUUCCCUCCAGGAUUUCAUCAACUGGCUGACCCUGGCUGAGCAGAGCCUGAACAUUGCUCCCCCUCCCAGCCUCAUCCUGGCUGCCGUGCUGGCCCAGAUUGACGAGCACAAGGUAUUUGCCAACGAAGUGAACGCUCACCGGGAUCGCAUCAUCGAGCUGGACCAGACCGGCAACCAGCUGAAGUUCCUGAGCCAGAAGCAGGACGUGGUGCUGAUCAAGAACCUGCUGGUCAGCGUGCAGUCGCGCUGGGAGAAGGUGGUGCAGCGCUCGGUGGAGCGGGGACGCGCCCUCGACGAUGCCAGGAAGAGAGCCAAGCAGUUCCACGAAGCCUGGAAGAAGCUGAUCGAUUGGCUGGAGGAUGCGGAGAACCAUCUGGACUCKGAGCUGGAGAUUUCCAAUGAUCCUGACAAGAUCAAGCUCCAGCUGUCCAAACACAAGGAGUUCCAGAAGACUCUGGGAGGGAAGCAGCCUGUCUAUGACACCACCAUCAGGACAGGCAGAGCCCUCAAAGAAAAAGCUUUGCUUCCAGAUGACACUCAGAAGCUGGACAAYCUGCUGGGAGAGGUCCGGGAUAAGUGGGACACGGUGUGCGGAAAAUCCGUGGAAAGGCAGCACAAGCUGGAAGAGGCACUGCUGUUCUCAGGGCAGUUCAUGGAUGCGCUGCAGGCGCUGGUGGAUUGGCUCUACAAGGUGGAGCCCCAGCUGGCUGAGGACCAGCCUGUCCAUGGGGAUCUGGACCUGGUCAUGAACCUGAUGGACGCUCACAAGGUGUUCCAGAAGGAGCUGGGGAAGCGCACRGGGACGGUGCAGGUGCUGAAACGCUCGGGCCGGGAGCUCAUCGAGAACAGCCGCGACGACACCACCUGGGUGAAGGUGCAGCUGCAGGAGCUGAGCAACCGCUGGGACACGGUGUGCAAGCUGUCUGUGUCCAAGCAGAGCCGCCUGGAGCAGGCCCUGAAGCAGGCUGAGGAGUUCAGGACAGCGGUGCACAUGCUGCUGGAAUGGCUCUCGGAAGCCGAGCAGUCCCUGCGCUUUCGGGGAGCGCUGCCCGACGACGCCGAGGCCCUGCAGGCGCUCAUCGAUGCCCACAAGGAGUUCAUGAAGAAGGUGGAGGAGAAGCGGGUGGACGUGAACGCGGCGGUGGCCAUGGGUGAGGUCAUCCUGGGCGCUUGUCACCCCGACUGUAUCACCACCAUCAAGCACUGGAUCACCAUCAUCCGGGCCAGGUUCGAGGAGGUCCUCACGUGGGCAAAGCAGCACCAGCAGAGGUUGGAGGYGGCGCUUUCCGAGCUGGUGGCCAAUGCAGAGCUGCUGGAGGAGCUGCUGGCCUGGAUCCAGUGGGCUGAGACCACCCUGAUCCAGCGGGACCAGGACCCCCUGCCCCAGAACAUCGASCAGGUCAAGGCGCUCAUCUCCGAGCACCAGUCCUUCAUGGAGGAGAUGACACGGAAGCAGCCRGACGUGGACCGGGUGACCAAAACGUACAAAAGAAAAGCCACGGAGCCUCCCCACGGGCCCUUCAUCGACAAAUCCCGCAGCAACAGGAAAUCCUUGGGGCAGGCAGCUCCCCCCAGCAUGCCCAUCAUCUCCCAGUCAGAAACCAAGAACCCCAGGAUAAACCAGCUCUCAGCACGCUGGCAGCAGGUCUGGCUGCUGGCMCUGGAGAGGCAGAGGAAGCUCAACGAUGCCCUGGACAGGCUGGAGGAGCUGAAGGAAUUUGCCAACUUCGACUUUGACGUCUGGAGGAAGAAGUACAUGCGCUGGAUGAACCACAAGAAGUCUCGGGUGAUGGAUUUCUUCCGGCGCAUCGACAAGGACCAGGACGGCAAAAUCACCCGGCAGGAAUUCAUCGAYGGCAUCCUGGCUUCCAAAUUCCCCACCACCAAGCUGGAGAUGACGGCGGUGGCCGAUAUCUUUGACCGCGACGGUGACGGCUACAUCGACUACUACGAGUUCGUGGCCGCCCUCCACCCCAACAAAGAUGCCUACAGACCCACCACUGAUGCUGACAAGAUCGAGGAUGAGGUCACCAGGCAAGUGGCGCAGUGCAAGUGUGCCAAGAGAUUCCAGGUGGAGCAGAUCGGCGAGAACAAGUACAGGUUCUUCCUCGGCAAUCAGUUCGGCGACUCGCAGCAGCUGCGGCUGGUGCGGAUCCUGCGCAGCACCGUCAUGGUGCGCGUGGGCGGCGGCUGGAUGGCCCUGGACGAGUUCCUGGUGAAGAACGACCCGUGCAGAGCUCGAGGACGGACCAACCUGGAGCUGCGGGAGAAGUUCAUCCUGCCWGAGGGAGCCUCGCAAGGGAUGACCCCGUUCCGCUCGCGGGGCCGCCGCUCCAAGCCCUCAUCCCGGGCGGCCUCCCCGACCCGCUCCAGCUCCAGCGCCAGCCAGAGCAACCACAGCUGCGCCUCCAUGCCGUCAUCUCCGGCCACUCCGGCCAGCGGAGCCAAGACUCCACACCACUUCUCCCGAUGUUAUGACAAACCCUGGUUGAUAAACAGUAAAGCGGUCACCCCUCUGAGGGGAUUCGAUUAUUCCGACCUCCAGCUCCCGAGCGCCGAGGUGACCCCCUCGGCGGGCAGCAAGCUGAAGCGACCCACCUUCCACUCGAGCCGGACCUCRCUGGCCGGGGACACCAGUAACAGCUCCUCUCCCGCCUCCACAGGUGCCAAAACUGCUCGGGCAGAUCCCAAAAAAGCCGCCAGGCAGGGUUGACAGGGAUAACAAUUU